CCUUUUCUUUCACCAAAACGACACCAUCUACCGCACCAAAACGCAGCACCUAACCCCACGAAAGCCGACACUCAACGGCACAGCUCCUCUGCCCUCCCUUACGAAGCUAUCUCCUCCAAAACGCAGCGCCACACCCAGCUCACACCGACGCAUACCCACAAAACCCAUCUUCAGCGCCUCCUCUGUGACACACAAGCUUCCUUACGCCCUUCGUCUUCAGCAAGGUUCGUUUCAUCUUCUUCAACGGCACAGAGUUGCUGCUGUUUCAACGUGACCCGGUACUCACAAUCGUUCAAAUCUACCAAUUCCUUCAUCACCAGUUAUUCGGCAUGUUCCUGGUUUCGAACACCAACUUCUCUGUUCACGUUGUGACUUGGGGACACAUGCAUUAAGUCUUGUUUAAAAAAUAAAUGUUCUCCAUGGGCAUAGAUCUUGAACAGCCUUCAGGUGAAUGUCACAAGGAAGACAGUAGGCCUAAUGUAAAUGCUGAUAUGGUGGAUAGUGGAUUGCAUGACAGAAAUAGAGUUGCUGUGGAUUGCUGUAACGUUGCUGGGACUGAUAAGGACAGACCAACUGUCAGUGGAAGAGUUUUUGAUGGUACACACAAAGUGUAUGUUGGAGAUGGAAUAAACUUGAAUGCUGCAAAGGAUUUAGAGCCCCAUGAUGGAAUGGAAUUUGAAUCGAAGGAGGAAGCUUUUUCAUUCUAUAAAGAGUAUGCCAAGUCUGUGGGAUUUGCCACCAUAAUAAAAGCCAGCCGUAGAUCAAGGAUAUCUGGAAAAUUUAUUGAUGCAAAGUUUGUGUGCACCAGAUAUGGAACCAAGAGAGAACCUAGUAUGACUGAAAUGGCACAUCCAGUUAUGGAUACAGAUGUCGCAACAAGCAUUCCUGUCAAGAGGAAACGAGGUAGAAUAAAUCGAUCUUGGUCAAAAACAGAUUGCAAAGCUUGCAUGCAUGUAAAGAGGAGGCAGCAUGAUGGAAAAUGGGUUGUUCGUAGUUUCAUUAAGGAGCACAACCAUGCAAUUUACCCAGACCAGGCAUAUUUUUUUCGUGGUCAUAGGAAUAUAGGCCUAGGUAGUAAUAAUGUUGAUGCAUUGCAUGCUAUUAGGGCAAGAACCAAAAAAGUGUAUGUUUCAAUGUCUAGACAAUCAGGUGGAUAUAAGAAACAAGAGAAUCAGAAGCGUAGUUUGACAAACAUAUCAGGCAGCACACAACAUUUGGCUUUAGAUGAGGGAGAUGCUCAGGUUAUGCUUGAGCAUUUUAGGUAUAUGCAGGAUGAGAAUCCAAACUUCUUCUAUGCAAUAGAUCUGAAUGAAGAACAGUGUUUGAGAAAUGUUUUUUGGGUUGACGCUAAAGCUAGGCUUGAUUAUGGCUACUUUGAUGAUGUUAUUAUUUUUGACACCACAUAUAUUAAGAGCGAAUACAAACUUCCAUUUGCUCCCUUUAUUGGUGUAAACCAUCAUUUCCAGUGUCUGUUGCUUGGAUGUGCGUUAGUGGCUGAUGAGACCAAAUCAACAUAUGUUUGGUUGAUGCGGGCAUGGCUUAGAGCAAUGGGAGGACUUGCUCCAAGGGUGAUACUUACUGACCAAGACAAAUCCCUGGAACAAGCCAUUGCAGAGGUCUUUCCUAAUUCUCAUCAUUGUUUUUGCUUGUGGCAUUUGUUGAGCAAGAUUCCUGAGAAGCUUGGUAAUGUAAUAAGGCAGCAUGAAAAUUUCAUGACUAAAUUUAAUAAAUGUAUCUUUAAGUCUUGGACAAAUGAACAAUUUGAGAAGAGAUGGUGGAAAAUGGCUGAGAGAUUUAAUUUAAGAAAUGAUUUAUGGUUUCAGUCAUUAUAUGAAGAUCGUCAAAAAUGGAUGCCGAUGUACAUGAGAGACAAAUUUUUGGCAGGUAUGUCUACAACCCAACGGUCAGACAGUAUAAGCUCUUUCUUUGACAAGCACAUGCAAAGAAAGACCACAUUGAAAGAGUUCUUAGAACAAUACAAAGCAAUUCUUCAAGGGAAAUUUGAAGAGGAAGCAAAAGCAGACUUUGAAAGUUGGCAUAAACAACCAGGAUUGAAAUCUCCAUCACCUUUUGGGAAGCAAAUGGCAACGUUGUACACACAUGCAAUAUUUAAGAAAUUCCAGGUUGAGGUUUUGGGAGUAGUUGCUUGUCAUCCUAGAAAGGACAACGAAGAUGGAGAAACUAAAACUUUCAAGGUUCAAGAUUUUGAAGAGAAUGAAGAUUUCAUUGUGGUGUGGAAGGGGACAUCAUCUUAUUUUUCUUGUUCAUGCCGUUCAUUUGAGUUCAAUGGUUUCCUUUGUAGACAUGUGUUGAUUGUGAUGCAAAUGUCUGGUGUGCACAGUAUUCCAUCUCAAUAUAUUUUGAAACGCUGGACAAAGGAUGCGAAGAGUAGAGAAACCAGUAGGGAACAGUCAGGUAAGGUUGAGUCCAGGGUUCAACGCUACAAUGAUCUAUGUAGACGGGCCUUUAAAUUGGGUGAUGAAGGUUCUUUAUCUUUAGAAAGUUACAAUAUUGCAUUUUCUGCACUAGAAGAUGCAUUGAGAAACUGUGAGAAUGUGAAUAAUUCUAUUCAUUGUGUAAUAGAGCCAAACUCACCAUCUCCGGGCAGACCUCAUGACUAUGAAGAAGCGAAUCAUGCCACUGGUGUAUCCAAGACAAAUAAAAAGGAUAGUAUUUCCAGGAAAAAACAGGUACAUUCAGAGCCAGAUGUCAUGAGCGUUGGGAUGCAUGAAAGCUGGCAGCAACUGGAACAGCUAAACUCAAGGGCUCCAAACCUUGAUGGAUAUUUUGGUCCUCAACAAAUUGUGCAGGGAAUGGGACAGUUAAACUCCUUAGCUUCUAGCUGUGAUGAUUAUUAUAGCAAUGAACAUAGCAUGCAAAGGCUGGGACAAUUAAAUGCAAUAGCAAGUAUUCAUGAAGCUCAUUUCAUCACUCAGCAAAGGAUACAAGGGAUGGGGCAGUUACAUUGCAGAUCAGAGACUAUUCCCAGUUGUUUCGACACGCAUGAUGGUCUACAAGAAAUGGACCAAUCUAAUGUGGGACCCUCUCAGUUGCAUAGCAUGGUAACGAAAAAUUUGCAUCCCAAACGCCUCUCUCAUUAGCUGCACAGUUCAACAUAGGUGAAAAUGUAGUUGUAUAUUCGCAGAAGAUGAACAGAUUGUUGGUUUUAGUUAAAGGUGUAUCCGAUUAUGGAGUGAAGGAUAGAGUAAUCGUUUGUUGUUCAUGUGCAGCUAGGCAUAGAAACCCAAACAAAAUGUGCAGAAGCUGCAAAUGCCUUCUCAUUUUGCCUUUUACUUUCUCUUCGUUCAAUAACAGCUAUUUUGUACAUCUAUAUAUUUUUUUUGUACUGUUAACUUCCACUUAAUAGUUUACAAUUCCAAAUUGAAACAUUUUUCUCCUGUAUAAAAGGUUGUAGUCUAUGAAACACAAAGGACAGAUUUAUGGUUA